AUGAAAAAUAUUAUACGAUUUUCGAUUACGUUUUUUUUCCUAGUUAUACAUUUGGUAUAUGUAACAGGUUUUCCUCAAAAAAGAAGUAGUGAUCAGAGUAAAGUUGAGUUUAAAGAUGAGAAACGGUUUCCAAACGGAACAGUGAUAGGAAAAUAUUCGUAUAGAGACAAAGAUGGUAAUCCAGUACAUAUUAAGUACUUCGCAGAUGAUUCAAGUUAUGGGGUGGAACUCAAAAGCGUCAAAUUCUUGAAUUCAAAUAAAGAUUUAUCUCAAGAAAAAUUACUCAAAUCGGAUAAUACCUUGUCAGAGGUAUCUCUCCCAUUUAAGGAAAUAAGUCCAACUAAUACUGUACUUAAUAAUGAAUUGAUGAAAAAUUCAUCGUUCGAUUUCGACGAAUUUUCAAAUAAUUAUAUUAAUAAAAAAAAUAAAGCAAAAUCUAAGACCGAUGGAUAUGAGAUCUUCUUAGAAAAAGAGAUUAAGCCCAUGGACACUUACAACAAUGAUAAAAUCCGAAUUUAUCAUAACGAUAAUAAAAGAAAAACAAGAAAAUCGAACCAAUAUUUAUUGAAAGGCCCAGUAUUUGAAGCACAUUCAGAUCAU